GCUGACGCGGCGGAGUCACCCGGGCAGCCUCGGGACCGGUGACCGGCAGGCGAGCGUCCCGCGGCCUGGAGCUCUAGCCCGCGCUCUCCGAGCUCGCUGCCCACUCCGGGACGCACAGGCCGCGUCGCGCGGAGGCCGCGUGAGCUCGUGUCCGUCCGUGGAGGCGGCCUCGGGCGCGCCACCGUCUCCUCGCGGGCCGCCUCGGUUGGGCGAGGUUUCCGUGACGAGCCUCCCGGGGCUGCUGCGACCAGCUCGGGCCGUCGUGGCGGCUCGGGCCCCGCGCGCUCGCUUGCGCUCCGGGGGUCUCAGGCCCUGGAAGGUAUGCGUGUCCUCCGGACGCUGGGCGCGGGCUCCUGAAGGACGUCGCGCGUGGAUCCCGGCGCCUCGGCAGCCUCCAUUCAUCUGCCAGCUGCGCGCUCGCCGCCUCCGCGCCCCGCCUCGGCGUCGCCUCCUCCCGUCCCCCCUCUGCAGCCCUUUCCCCACUCCUCGGGUGAGGAGGUUCUCGUGGAAGCGCAGGUGUCGGUUAUGAGCCCGGCUUCCCUCCCUUGAAGCUCUCGGUAGAGGAAGUCGGGGUGACCCGCCGCGCCCCGAGCAUGGGGGUGAACGCCGUGCAUUGGUUCCGAAAGGGACUCCGGCUCCACGACAACCCCGCCCUGAAGGAGUGUAUCCAGGGCGCCGACACCAUCCGCUGCGUCUACAUCCUCGACCCCUGGUUCGCCGGCUCUUCCAACGUGGGCAUCAACAGGUGGCGAUUUUUGCUUCAGUGUCUUGAGGAUCUUGAUGCCAAUCUACGAAAAUUAAACUCUCGUCUGUUUGUGAUUCGGGGACAGCCAGCUGAUGUAUUUCCCAGGCUUUUCAAGGAAUGGAACAUAACUAAACUCUCAAUUGAGUAUGAUUCUGAGCCUUUUGGGAAGGAACGAGAUGCAGCUAUCAAGAAGCUAGCUACUGAGGCCGGUGUGGAAGUCAUCGUGCGCAUUUCACAUACGCUGUAUGACCUGGACAAGAUCAUAGAACUCAAUGGCGGACAGCCACCUCUAACAUAUAAAAGGUUUCAGACUCUCGUCAGCAAGAUGGAGCCACUGGAGAUGCCAGCAGACACCAUCACAUCAGAUGUGAUAGGAAAGUGCACGACCCCUCUGUCUGAUGACCAUGAUGAGAAAUAUGGAGUUCCUUCCCUGGAAGAGCUCGGCUUUGAUACAGACGGCCUGUCCUCUGCAGUGUGGCCAGGAGGGGAAACUGAGGCACUUACACGUUUGGAAAGGCAUUUGGAAAGAAAGGCUUGGGUGGCAAACUUUGAAAGACCUCGAAUGAAUGCAAACUCCCUGCUUGCAAGCCCAACUGGACUCAGUCCUUAUCUCCGCUUUGGUUGUUUAUCAUGUCGGCUGUUUUAUUUCAAACUAACAGAUCUCUACAAAAAGGUAAAGAAGAAUAGCUCGCCUCCCCUUUCUCUUUAUGGGCAACUCCUGUGGCGUGAAUUUUUUUAUACAGCAGCCACAAACAACCCACGCUUUGACAAAAUGGAAGGGAACCCCAUCUGUGUUCAGAUCCCUUGGGACAAGAACCCCGAGGCUCUGGCCAAAUGGGCAGAAGGCCGGACAGGCUUCCCGUGGAUUGAUGCCAUCAUGACCCAGCUUCGUCAGGAGGGCUGGAUCCACCAUUUAGCCAGACAUGCGGUUGCCUGUUUCCUGACUCGUGGUGACCUGUGGAUCAGCUGGGAAGAAGGGAUGAAGGUCUUUGAAGAGUUACUGCUUGAUGCGGAUUGGAGCAUAAAUGCUGGAAGUUGGAUGUGGCUGUCCUGCAGUUCCUUUUUUCAACAGUUUUUCCACUGCUACUGCCCUGUGGGUUUUGGUAGGAGGACAGAUCCCAAUGGAGACUAUAUUAGGCGUUAUUUGCCUGUCCUAAGAGGCUUCCCUGCAAAAUAUAUCUAUGAUCCUUGGAAUGCACCAGAAGGCAUCCAGAAGGUAGCCAAGUGUUUGAUAGGAGUUAAUUACCCCAAACCGAUGGUGAACCAUGCUGAGGCAAGCCGACUGAAUAUUGAAAGAAUGAAGCAGAUCUAUCAGCAGCUUUCCCGGUACAGAGGGCUAGGUCUUCUCGCCUCGGUCCCUUCUAACUCUAACGGGAAUGGAGGGCUCAUGGGCUAUGCUCCUGGAGAGAAUGUCCCGAGUUGUAGCGGCAGCGGGAAUGGAGGGCUCAUGGGCUAUGCUCCUGGAGAGAACGUCCCGAGCUGUAGCGGCGGAAAUUGCUCUCAAGGAAGUGGUAUUUUACACUAUGCUCACGGGGACAGUCAGCAGACUCACCCACUCAAGCAAGGGAGAAGCUCCGCGGGCACCGGCCUCAGCAGUGGGAAGCGUCCUAGUCAGGAAGAGGAUGCCCAGAGUGUCGGCCCCAAAGUCCAGCGACAGAGCAGUAACUGAUACGAAAGCGUGUGGGAGGAGUCCUCGCAACUGAAGUUGGUGGGAAAGUCAGUUCUUUUCAUUUAAAUUAUUUAAAAAUGUCAUUCAUUCAUGGAAAACAGUUACAUUUCAAACAUUAUUUCUAAUAAUAUUUCUGUGGUUUUUAACUUUUUAAUGAAUGUCAUAUAGGACAAGUGGUAAUUUGUAUAUAAAGAACUUGGUAAGAGAUUUGCUUAAUGUAAAUAUAAGCCACAGUUAGAAUAGACUCAUCAGUAUAUUUUUGAUAAUUUUUCAUGUAUGGUAAAAGUUAAAGUUAACAGAUAUUCUGAUAUAAAUCUCAAGAGUUUUGAGAGUCAUUGCAGGAAAAUGGGAAGUUUUUAGACUUUCUUAAAAGACUUUGUUAAAAUUUUAGGACACAUUUUUCCAGACAUCAUUGUUUGAUCUGAUUUUGCAGUCUUUGAUACUAAUGCUUUAGAGAAUACCUGUGCUCACGUGCAUAGGCCUCUGUCAGCGAGGCCGGCUGUCUGCGUUACGGCCUCCUGACGUGCGUGCGCAGUGCAUUGUGCGCUCCUUUGUCUCCCCGCCUCUUGAUUUACAUCUACCGUGACUUUGUUAUUAAAGUAUAUGCAAAUACGGAA